CGUGGCCCAGCUGGCAGAGAGACAAGGUGAACUCGCUGCUGCUGGUUGCAAUGUGGUGGUAUUAACAUUCGGGGAGAUGUCAGGUGCAAGGAGAUGGCUGGAGGAAACUCACUGUCCUUUCCCAUACUUCACUGAACCAACUCUUUCCGUGUACCAGAAACUUGGGUUGAAAAGGUCCAUUGUGUCUGUCUGGAACCCAGCAGCCCUAGGUUUUUAUGGUGCUCAGAUGGCCAAGGGGACACCACUACCAAAGGCAUAUGCGGACAUUGAGGAUGACCCACACCAAAUGGGCGGGGACUUCAUUGUGGACAGACACGCAAAACUUGAAUUUAUAUAUCAUAGUAAAGUGCCAAGUGACAGGCCUUCUGUAGAUCUCAUUCUUGCAUCUUUGAAGAGAAUGAGUCAGCCUUAAAGAGUGCCUCUCCCUGCUUGGAUAUACACCAGUUUAUAUAUUUUGUGAUGUCUAUGCAGAGACUCUAUAUGGGAACAGUUUUGGCUAUUGUAUACUAUAGUCCACCAUAUCCAAUGAUUAUUGUCAUUGAAGCAAUACACUCUUGAUUAUUAAAAGUAAAAAUACAUACCAAAACACAGAGGAACAACAGAAAAUACAUUCCAUUUUAGAUAACAUUCCACAAAUCCAACUUGCAGCCAUGGGACUUUUAUUUCUUUAUUUAUCAUUUAUUUGUAAGGCAAAUAAUUUCAUUGGUUGUGAACUUCUUUAGGUUUAAGAGCUGGUGAUGCAUUUUGUGUUGAUUAAACUAGUCUCUCUGUAUUAUAGAAAAUUUGUUGCAAAGUUUUAAGUUGCAACAUAUGUAUUCAAUCUUUCAGUCACAAAUAAGCACAUAUAAAAAUUUAGAAAUAUAUAUUUUUCCAACGUAAGUAAGCAUGAAUAUAUACAUUUAUAUAUUUGAUACAUGACAGUUAACUGUAAAGUGAAAUAUUUACUCUUGCUCACAGUGUUGAAUUAUUUUUGUGAUGUGAAUAUAAAUAGUGAGAGUAAGAACCCAGAUAGAGUUGUAACAUAAAAAUUUAAAUUAUUGGUCUGUACUCGGGUCUUUUUUUAAAGGUCAGUAAAGAAAAAACAAAUUUGUAGUUUGGUUAUCAAGAACUUGUAAGUGAUUAUUUGCAUUUUUCUUUUUCUUUUUAUCUAAGACUUAUAGGAAGUAAAGUAUGAUGUGGACUAGGAUACAGUUUAUCUCUUGCAUUUCUGUGUAUUUGUCUUUGGGAUGCAGCCUUAGUUGCUACAUGUAAGACUUGGUAUUUUAUUUCUACCAUAAAACAGCCAUUGGAAUAAAACACAUUAUUUGGUUCCUGGAGUAAUUUAAUAUUCUGGACCAAUGGAAAGGUAGUGGUACAGAGAGCUGGCACUAAUGUUGUUAUGUUUAGAAAAAAAAGUCUCUCUAUUCUGAUGCACUGAAAAUUUUUCUCUCCAUUCUGCACUUUCUAAAGUAGGUUUGGUAAUCUCUCUUGAACAGCAAUACAGUAUGAAGGAUUGAGUGAAAACUUUUUGUGGCUCAAGCUGGAAAAAUAGAGUGAUUGCUGUUUAAAAGAGUAUUACUUUUCCUUUUUAACCCCCUUUUUGGGGGCUUUUGUUGCUAUCAUGGAUUGUUAUGUUUUUAAAUAAUAUUAAAUAUAUAUUAUACAUGAUG